CAACACCAAGAAACUGUUUCUAUUCAAACUACAAAGCUUCAAGACAUGUAUAAUAAUUUAAACACAAUAUUUCAAGAAACAUUUUUUACUUUAAGCAUGAAUAUCUUAGAAAUACAAAAUAAAGUUAUUGAAUAUAUUGAUGAUCAAAAAAAUAUAUUAAAUAUUCUUGAAGAUAUUAGAUCUGAACACUCUCAUGAGCCACUUUUGGAAAUAAUUAAUCCAAAAAAUAAAUCAAUAAAAAAUUCAACUCAAUAUUCUACAUCACAUCCUACUUUGUGGAAUUCGAUUUAUUACAAGAUAAAUGAUCAUCAAAAUUCUGCAAAUAUAGAUAAACCUUCUUCAAAAGAUUAUAAUAAAAGAAGUGAAAAUUUACGUCAAUCUUUAUCUGAUAUUGAAAAAGUAAUAAAACCCGAAUAUACAAGUCCAGAAAUUAGUGGUAGUCCAUCUUCAUUAUGUAUUGAAGUAAAUCAAGAUUAUGAACGAUUUGAUAAUUUAAAGACCCAUUUAUCUGUUGCUCCUAAUUCGGAUGAUAUUAAUGAUGGUAUUUGGCCAGCCUGGGCUUUACCAGAUAAUCGUGAUGAUGCUGAUCAUAACUUUGAAUCUGAUAAUUAA